GGCAAAUAUGUUAAAUGGAGCUACAAUGUAAGAAUAAUAGGCAUCAAUUUAAUACCUUAAGUUUAUUCAGAUGCCUUUUUCUUUAUAUUUGCAUCUAAGAUCCUGCUUUUUGUCCAUAAUAUUGAAAAAAAUUGAAGAAAUUGUGAAUAUUAUCUAAAAAAUGUCAGCUAAAGAAGAUUUGACACAAAGUCAGAGAGCAGCUAUUGAAGAGUUGAAAACGAGAAUGGAUCAUGAAAUAACUUUUAAGAUGCGCGAGGAUGAAUCGUUAUAUUAUCGAUUCUUAAAAGCACGUGACUUCAAUGUUAAACAAACGGAAGAUAUGUUAAGAAAACAUAUUGCUUGGAGAAAAGAAUAUGGAGUAGAUACGAUUUUGACUGAUUUUAAACCAACAGAAGUGAUGCUGAAGUAUUUUUCUGCUUGUUUCAUCGGCAUGGAUAAAGAAGGUUCACCAAUAAUUUAUAUUGACAUGGGAGGUGAUGGAGUUGGACUUUUAGGCUCAACAAAGAAAGUAGAUUUGAUAAAAUAUACCAUUUACCUCACUGAAAAAGUUACAGAAAAGAUGGAAGAACAAAGCAAAAAGCUUGGUAAACCUAUUACAAAUAUGGUGCAGAUACUGAAUUUUGAAAAAGUGACAUUUGCUAAAGCAACUAAUAAGAAAUCUUUAGAAAUGAUGGUAUUGGCACUCAACAUGUAUCAAGACAAUUAUCCUGAAAGAAUAAAGAUUGUAUAUGAUAUUAAUACUUCCAGAUACUUUUCAAUGCUGUUUGCGUUCUGCAAAGUGGUAAUUUCUCCAGUACUCUACAAGAAAAUUAACAAUUUUGGCACAGAUGACUGGCAAGAGGUUCUAUUAAAUGCUAUUGACGCUGAUGAACUGCCAGCUUUUCUUGGCGGAAAUAAGACUGACCCAGAUGGAAAUCCCCUUUGCAGCACUUUCGUUGUUCAUGCUGAGACGAUUCCAAAGCGUUAUUAUAUGAAAAAAUCUGAGAAAAAAUUAUCUCUUACACCAGGCGUGAAAAAACUGACUCUGUAUCCAUUUUCAAAGCAAAAUCUUACAAUAGAAAUAAAGGAGGCCAAUUCAUAUUUAGAAUGGGAGUUCGAAACAAAAAACAAAGACAUUGGUUUUGCUGUGUAUUUUAAUGAAAACUUUCAAAAUGUCAAUACGGCAGUUGAAUUAGUACCGAAACAAAGGAUCGACACUUACUACGAACCAGAAACGGGAAUUUACAAAUGCGAGAAACCUGGCAUAUAUAUCAUUACAUUUGAUAAUUCCUAUAGUUGGAUACAUCCAAAGGAAAUUUAUUACAGAAUACAAAUUCUCCCUCCGAAGGAGUAUUGAAUGGAAUGAAAAUUAUUUUAAAAAAGAAUUAUGAUAUUUUUUUCCUGUGUGUAUUUGUAUUUGUUUGUAUAUAAAUACAUUAAUAAAUCUGGGCGUAAAAUUAUACAUUAUAAGU